AUGCGAUUCGAAAAUCUACUGAUUGCACUCGAUAUAAAAGACAAGAAAAGAAAACGAGCGUUAUUAUUAUGCUAUAUCAGUGAAAGUACUCUAAAUAUCUUUGAAACACUGCCAGAGACAGGCACAGAAGACGACUAUGACGAAGCGUGUCAAGCUUUAAAUGAACACUUUAAACGUCGCAAGAAUACAUCGUUUGAAAUAUUCAAGUUCAGGAAAACAAACCAACUUGUUGACGAAACUCUCGAUCAAUACCAUGUACGACUCGUCCAGAAAGCUAAGUACUGUGAAUUCUCAAACUUAGAUACUGAGAUAAAAGCUCAAAUUGAGCUAGGGACCAAUUCCAAACAACUUCGACGAUAUGCUUUCCGUAAACCAAAACUGACUUUGGCUGAACUCUUAGACUAUGGACGGACACUUGAAACUGUUGAAGAAGAUACGAGCGGAAUUGAGCAAAAUAUGAAUGAAACACCAAUGAAAGAUAUCCACGCCAUACGAUGA